AAAGGAAGGCAGCAAUCUUCCCAUCGGCACCUGCCUGGUCGCAUUGCGACUUCACUAUCUCCUCGAGGGAACGUGUACGACCUGGCAUGUUGAUGGUUAUCGCCCGAGGCCUGUCGCGUCGCUAUCUUCGGCGCCCGCCUCUUCUCGCUCGCCCACCUGACUUGUAUUUCUGAUAGACCGUGGGAACGGCACUUCCCGCCGCCGCCGCCGCAGCAGCGAGCUGCAAAACUUGCUGGUGAAGGGUUCCAACACUUGAACUCCCUCUGAAAUCUGAAAGAGCUGGGGAUUCAACCCAUAUCUUAGAUCCGGUUCAAGAUCCACAGCAUCACGGCACGUGGAUCAAAGCGUCAAGGCUUGGCGGCUACAUGCGCCAUUAAGCACCCUCGACCGUCGCCGUUGCUCGUGGAGAGAGAGACCGUUUUCUUACAUUACGCGCGACACCGAAAUCUUACCUCAACUGUGGAAAAAUCUUGUAUGGUAUUAUAAAUCAUGAACCCCGCCGCCCUGCUCGACCCCAAGGGCGCGCGCCGUCGAGCCGCGCCCCAUGUAUCAUCUCCUUCUCCCGCAAUGCAGUAUCAACCGCAACAGUUUGAUCCUCGUGCAUUGCUCAACCCUAAGUCGGCCUCAAAACGCCCGGCAGCCGAACAAGAGCCAGAGCGCGGCCGUGAGUCCGGCAGCGGUGGAGAGCUCUCGGGCCAAGUAUCGCUGGUAGAGCGUUUACACAACGUGCACGAACGUACCGCUUCACCUGCGAAGAAAAUCAAGACUGAUGACGACCACCACCACAAAAAGAAGAACCACUCGCCCGCGAGCUUCGGCGCAGGAGCGCUGGAUCUGAAGAAUCCCAGCAACGGUCAAGCACAGGCUCCACCGCCUGGCCCUGCCAUCGACCUCACAAUGAGCGACGAUGAAGAUGACGGAAUCAAGGUCGUUCAGGAUAACAGCAACGAAGUGAUAUGCAUUGGUAAAGUCCGCUCUGUGUACAUCCAAGCACAUCGGGUGCCGUUCCCGGACCCCAGGAAGCACCAAGGCAAUUAUGGACAACAAAGCCGCAUCAAAAUAUCUUUUCGCCGCGCUGGUGGCGACCGAAACAAUUCCGUGAUCAUGACUGUUGAUCCCACUGGCAGAGAAUUCGGCAGAAUCGAUCUCAAGACUGCGCCCUGUCUCGCCCCACUGAUGGACAAUGCAAAAACGACGGGCAUGAAGUGGUCAGCGUGGACGGACCCACGGCGCAAGACGACUAAUGAGGGGCCCCCGGGUUCAGCCAUGAGUGCUUUGCUUAACAUGACAUUUCAACUCUACUGCCCCCGGAAGUUUGCCUUCACCCUCGGAAACCAUCUGGCCAAAUGCAAAGUAUACCUCGAUGAUCCGGUAUUCGAGACAGAUCGCUGCGACUACUUCAACCCGCAAACGAAGAACAGCUGGACUAAAGAAGCUGCUCAGCAACCGACGUUCGAAGCACCACGUCCGAGCUACCCUGCGUAUGUCCUGCGAUCGGUUGACGAAAUUCGUACGGACGUACAAAACAUGUUCGACACUAUCGGCAACGUAGAAGAGCUGCCGCUCCGAGAGCCAUCUUCACUUGUCCAGACGCCGCUUUACAAGCAUCAGAAGCAGGCGCUCCAUUUCCUAUGGGACAAGGAGCAGGUAUGGGAGGGCGAUGAGGCUGAUGCACGAAAGGACUUGCUGUGGCAGCCGAAGGUUCGAGACAAUGGGCGGAAAUACUACGCUCACGUCAUUACUGGCCAGGAACAACCCAUCCGACCUUUGAACUGCCGAGGAGGCAUUCUGGCCGACGAGAUGGGUCUUGGGAAGACCCUUAGUAUUCUGUCUCUAGUCGCCGACGAUGAGUCCCGGGAAGCUGCGGCUGUGUUCGAGCAGAAGAGGCCUGUCGUCAACCCAAAUGCCAUAGUUCAGCCGAUCAUGAACUCUCGCGGCACAUUACUCGUGUGCCCCCUCAGUACCAUGUAUAACUGGAAGGAGCAGUUGGAACGCCAUUUCCCGGCCGGUCGAGGUCUCAAGUGGAUUAACUACCAUGGCAAGUCUCGCUCAACGUACUCACCCCAGGAGCUGGCCGAUCAUGAUAUUGUUAUAACCACCUAUAACAUGAUCGCAGCCGACUUCCAAGACAAGGCUAUGCCUCUCCCUAGGGUUAACUGGUUUCGUAUUGUGUUGGACGAAGCACAUGCUAUCCGAAACAUCAAUACCAAGCAAUCCCUUGCUGCUUGUUCGUUGCCCGGUCAGCGUAGAUGGGCUGUAACUGGUACACCCGUCCAAAACCGACUUGAUGAUCUUGGAGCUCUGUUCCGAUUCAUCAAGCUACACCCGUUCGACCAUACCGGCGGUUUCAACCAAUGGAUCAUGAGUCCCUUCAAGAACGCAGACCCCGACGUUGUCCCUCGAUUGCAACUCCUUGUCAGCUCUAUCACUAUUCGACGCGUCAAGGACAAGGUUCUGGAGAUUGAGCUACCCUCCCGCACUGACCAAAUUAUCAGGCUGAAGUUCUCUAAUGACGAGCAGAAGCUUCACGACUGGUUCGAGGCAGAUUCGUCUCGCAAGGUCAACGCUGUCACUGCCGGCGAUAAAAUGGGCGGCAAAUCAUACGCUCGUAUCCUCACUGCAAUCACUAAUCUCCGUCUUAUCUGUGCACACGGUCGCGACCUUCUCAAUGAGGAGGCGCUGAAAUUGACUGAUGGCAUGACGUACGACAACCCGAUGGAGAUCGCCGAUGAUGACAAUCCGGAUGCAGCAACUAUAAACCGGCACCAAGCGUACGACAUGCUUGAGCUGUUCCGACAGAUGGAUAACGACGAGUGCGCCAUUCCCGGCUGCGGUACCAAGCUUGCAUCUCAAGACACUGAUGAGUUCGAGGAGGACGAUGCCAAGGCUGAUAUCUCUGGCGUUAUGACAUCUUGCUAUCACAUGGUAUGUGCGAAGCACACUCGAGGUUUCCGUCAAGAGCUUCAAAAGACUACCACGCAGGAAGGCCUCUGCACUUGUCCUUUCUGCGAUGCGCGGAUCACCCCCACUCUGUUCGAGCUCAAGAAGUCGGACUACACAUCAUACAUGCAAGAGCAGGAGCGCUUGAAGCGGGAUCCUAAGCUCGCGAAAAAGAUUGGUGCUUACAAUGGACCAUCAUCAAAGACGAAAGCGCUGCUGGAGGACCUGGCCGAGCACCGGGCCUGGACCGAGGCUAACCCGACGGAGCCUCCCAUCAAGAGCGUCGUCUUCUCAACCUGGACGACGCACCUCGACCUCAUCGAAAUCGCCCUCUCAAAGAACAACCACAAAUAUGUCCGCCUCGACGGCCGCAUGCCCCGCGAAGCCCGCAACCGCUCCCUCUCCGCCUUUGACAAAGACCCCUCCGUCACCAUCAUCCUCGUCUCCAUCGGUGCCGGCGGCCUCGGGCUCAACCUCACUAAAGCCAACAAAGCUUUCGUCAUGGAGCCGCAGUUCAAUCCCGCCGCUGAAGCCCAGGCUGUCGAUCGCGUGCACCGUUUGGGCCAAACGCGACCGGUCACGAUCAAGCGGUUCAUCAUGGAGGGCAGCUUUGAGGAGAAAAUGCUCGAGUUGCAGCGGAAGAAGAAGGAUUUGGCAAAUUUGGCGAUGACGAGAGAGAAGAGUAGUAAGGAGCAGGCCGCGAAGCAGCGGCUGGAGGAUUUGAGGAGCUUAUUUAGGUAGGGCGACCGAAAACCUUUGCUUGCCUACCUUCUAGCGAACAGGACCUGGGACAGCACAGACGCUAUUGGGCAGUAUUGGGAACGGAGGUUGGGGGCGCAUGGGGGGAUGGAGUGCGUGUUUGGUUGUCCUUUCAAGUGGCGUUAUCAUGGGCGCAAACAUACCGUAUAUACGGUACUGUGGCGCCAGCAGCACAUAUUCACCUAGGCAUUGCGUGGAGGGGUUAAUACCUGCCUACAUAUGUUUGGGUUUGGGGGAGUGUUUUGGGCCAUGGCCGCUUAUAGAUCAUCUUUUCCGGUAUCCCAAUGAAGUCCACGAUGUUUUCUUCCUCU